GAGUUAAAACAUUUCCAUUUCGCAGCUGUCCUGUCCGCCAGCCCGCCGCUGCUUCCCUCCAAAUCCCAAUCCCAAUUCCAAUUCCAGACCCCUCUGCUCGGCUAUAUAUUUUCGUCGCCAUUCGGUCAAGGCACGCGCAACCGUUUUCGUCCGCAGAGAGAGAGAGAGAGAUAAGCACGGGAGCCACGUUUUCGUCCGAAGAGAGAAAGAGUACCGGAGGGAGCACGGGAGACGCCGACGAAGCAAGGAGGAGCGGCGGUAGGCGGCGGAGAUGGCGAGCACCUGCACCAACAAGAUCCUCAACCCGCUGCUGCUCCACCUGAGCAAGAUGCAACUGGAGGUCACCUGCCCCGUCUGCGUGAAGUUGAUGAGCGAGCCUAUGAUGCUACCAUGUUGCCACGCAGCCUGCAGGACAUGUGCCACUACACAGACUAUGAAUGAGAAUGACUACAGUUGCGCCAUGUGCGCAUUAGCCUACCGUUCUGAAGAUUUAAAGCCUGCUUUGCAUCUUGAGGGAAUAGUGAACAUUCUUAGGAGCCUCGACUGCACUGUAACUAAUGUUGGCCUCAUGAUUAAACAGGGGUCUCAAGCGGACACUUCCGGAACUCCAGGAUCAGUGAACGUAAAUCACCACAACUUGGUUGGUUCAAAGUUGGUACAUAAUGAAUCAACUGGACCUGAUAAAGUGAAGGUCGACGAUGUGGGAAACAAAGCUAAGGACCAGACUGUUGAGCCAAUGGUUCUUGUACAGAAGGGACCUUGUGGGUCGAAAUCUUCUGAUGGUCCCGUGGAUCUUGAUUGUGACAGCAAUGACCUUGAAGGAGAGCUGAUAACAGCCACAUCACCUCAAAGUGUAUUGAAAAGAGUUCCAAAUGUAACACAUGAUCAUACUAGAAAACUGAAGAGGCAAAAGUCCACAGGACAGAGUGAAAACUUCGAUACAGAACAACCAACUAUGUCUGGCGCUUGGAAAUGUGUACUUUGCCAUUCUUCUGAAAUUAGUGAGUGCACUGGCCCUUUGUUGCAUUAUUUACUUGGAGAACUAGUGGGGGAUGAUCAAGCUUCGAAAUCUAAUGUUCUACAUGUCCAUGGGGAAUGCAUUGUAUGGGCUCCACGAGCAUACAUUACUGAUGGUACGGUAAAAAACUUGGAGGCUGAGUUGUACCGUGCUUCGACGAUGAUCUGCAGUGUUUGUGGAUUAAAAGGCGCAGCAGUUGGCUGCUUUGUUGACAGCUGCCGCAAGAGCUUUCAUCUCCCAUGUGCCCAUAGGAUCUCAGGCUGCCGAUGGGACAAAGGAAAUUUUGUGAUGCUCUGUGCUUCCCAUUCAUCAAAGAGGCUUCCAUGUGAGAUAUCAGAAUCAAAAAAUAAGAUCCAGGUGCAACGGUCACCUUCAAAAUCAAAAAAUAAGAAGAUCCAGGUGCAACGGUCACCUUCAAAAUCAAAAAAUAAGAAGAUCCAGGUGCAACGGUCACCUUCAAAAUCAAAAAAUAAGAAGAUCCAGGUGCAACGGUCGCCUUCUGAAACAAUGCUUGUUGAGAACUCACCUCCCAUAGAAAAUAAUGGACUUUUGGAAGCAUCACGUUUUCUGACAAGUGAAUGGAUGAUAUGUGGAUCUGGCCUCUCUCGUCAUGGGAAGGAAUUCUUAGAUCAGUUUGGGCGUCAAACUGGCAUCACAGUAACUAAUGACUGGAGCCCAAAUGUGACUCAUGUAGUUGCUAAUACGAAUGAAGAUGGAGCAAGUUCCAGGACAUUAAAGAUUCUCAUGGCCAUACUGACUGGGAAAUGGGUUGUCAAUGUGAAUUGGCUGAAGGCUUGCCUGAAGGCUAGAGAACCAGUCUCAGAAGAGCCCUAUGAAAUCCGUUCUGAUAUUUAUGGCUCCUUUGAUGGCCCUCGCAAAGGCCGACUACGAGCAGUGAACGAGGAACCAAGCCUAUUUUCAGGGCUGACUUUCUACUUCGUUCGCAAUUUCGACCCGACAUACAAGGCUCAGCUUGCAGACUUGAUUGCUACAGCAGGCGGGUCGAUCUUGGGCAAGGCUAAUCUCUCUUGUACAUCCUUGAUUCUUUACAAUACGGACCCUCCCCAAAUAAAGGACCAAGACAAAAUUAAUUUGGCUAUCAAGAAGAGAAAGGAUGAGGCUGAAAAAUUGGCAGCAAAAAUUGGCUGCAGAUCUGUUCCUCAUGGAUGGCUUUUGGAUGCUAUUGCAUCUUGCACAGUUCAAUUUCCCAUCUCACAGUGUACCUAGGUUAGGAUGGGAUCAACAUGUUCUUGAUAGAAAAAUAUGUUCUAACUAUUGUAAAGUGAGCUUUCUAUUAAAUUUAAACAAUUUUGUAUCAUCUCCAAAUUUUUGUUGAUGAGUCGGUGUGUGGUUACAUUCAUAUGUUUCUUGACUAAAAUAAUAUCAUUUGUUGGACCUA